AUGCAUGAAAAGAUAAACGCGAAAAAUUCCGUAUCGAUCUACCACCAGAUAUUUGUUUCCAUCGAUCGUUUAUUAAUUAAUCGUUGGAAGCGUGCGUGUAAUAACUGUGGGGGUGCGGGUCGAUGCAACCGCACAAAGGUAAGCACCACUCGAGGAACACCGAGUCCAAGUAUCGAUCUCAAAGAGGCCGUACGAGAAAAAAUACCGCUCCAUUACGACCUACUGAGGAAGCUCCGAUCGCAGCAUGGCUCGACCGUUAUUAGCCGAAUAACCAUCGACGAUAUUUACGAGGGACUCAAGGGCGUAAAUACUUUGGUCAGGGAAACUUGCGAAGCUGAUUCUACGUUUGGGCUUCGUUACAGAGGUUUAACCUUGUCGGAAGUGCUCGCUCUUUUGCCACGUCACAGCAAUGCACCGAGUCCUGAAGCAGUAUUUUGGCUCCUCCUGACCGGAGACGUACCCACCUACGAACAAACCGCUUCUCUCGUCGAAGACUGGAACUUACGACGUCAGAGACAAAAAAAAUGGUGGCUCCAGUCUGGAGAUGGUUCCUUCGUAGGUCGCAUUUUCAAGGCUUUUCCCAAAUACGUAACUCCCUUAACUAAAUUGUCUGUAGUACUCAGCGCAUUUAACGCAACGGAAAAAGGUCUCAAUGAAAUUGGUACCACAAGAAAUAUGAGCUACGAUUCUUGGGAGAAGACUUACGAGGAAGGAAUGGAGCUACUUGCUAUUUUGCCAGGGAUGGUCGGACUCACGAGAGACGCGGAUAGAGGCAUCGAAGCAGGAUUUAUGAAAUUCGAUGAAAAGAGGGCUGAUUGGGUGGACUUCCUUCUGGAAAACUCCGGACUUUUGUCCAAUACGAUCGAUGACCGGAAGAAAGCUUCGUUCGGUGAUUUUUUGAGAUUAUACAUCGUCGCGAAUGCUGACGAAGAUGGUGGAAUACCGAGCACUCACGUGACCCAAAUUCUCGGAGCUUCCCGGUUGGAGCUGAGCAAAACAUUGGCCGCCGGUGUUCUCGCUUAUUCCAAUGAACCUAACACCGGAACAAUGUCUCAGUACAUGGAUUUUCAGAAGAAGAUCCAAAAUGUUCUGGGACAUCGACCAAGCGGAGAGGCCUUGAAGGAUCUCGUUAGUACCCUAUUCGUGAAGGAGAGCGAAAUAAUCGGCCACAAAGAAACACCUAUCAGCGAUUCUCGUUACGCGGCUUUCUCAGACUUUGCCAGAGAAAAUAUGAACGAAGAACCGGAUAUCAAACUCUCCAGAGAUAUCACACGAAUUCUUACCGCAAUCGCCAACUCGUCCGGUAAAAAUUUGUGGCCGGAACAAAGUGCCAUCGCUGCUCCAAUCUUUCAGUUGUACGGCCUCAAGAACAUGGAAUUCAAUCAAACCCUUUUGUGGAUGUCCAGAGCUUUGGGUACCGUCGCCUCGAUCAUAUGGACCAGAGCGACUGACAUUCCACCGGAGCACCCCAAAUCCCAAAGCACAUAUACUUACGUGAAUUUAUUCGAAAAUUCUCGAAAAAAUGCCAAACCGUGAUGGUAUCAUCCCCUUUCGCACCUUUCACCCCUUUUGUUCCGAGGAAAAAACCAAAUGAUACUUUUUUUCCAUAUAAACAUGAAACGUACGAUCAAUUCGUCUGUUAUUUGUAUGUUUUAUGUAUUAUUUUUAACCAGAGAAGUAAAUAUAAAAAAUGAUUUAUUAAGAAAGUACUCCAAUUCUCAUAUUUAUUUAUCGUAACGCCUUUCGAUACUAGUUUUUGAAAUAAAUGGCAACGAAACUAUUUUUUUUUUUUUUUACGAACACUAUCCGUAUUACAGAAUAGUUAGUGCAAGAUAAGGCGCGACCUGGGCCAUGUUAUAAGUAUAAAUUCGCACCGAGAUAAACUCUUU